AUGGCACCGCCUUCAGAUCCUCAGAGUCGAACGUCGACCCCCCGUUCGUUUGUGAACCAGACGGCUUCCGCCGAAGACUUACUGAAAUCGCAAACGGUUGGCCUCGUUCACCUCUCAGACUUCCGGAAACGACGAGCUGAGGUUCUUGAACAAAAGGAACGGGAGGCGCAUGACAAAUCUCUUGGGAGGUUUGUUCAGGGGAAUUCUAGAAGUGGCACCCCUUCUGGUGGAGAAACAACUGACGGGGCCGAGUCUGCCCAACUAUUUCCCAAAAAGAAAAAGAAGAAGCUGGGUCAUUUCGCGAAGAGCAAAUUAUCUUUUGGUGAUGAUGAGGUGGAUGAUGAGGUAGAAUCUUCCACUGCUCUAACUCCCAACACCAGUGAGGGCAAAUCACCAUCCAAACCCCCCGCAGAAGACAGCCCAAAACCGCCCGCGCGACGAAUAGCGCCCAAUCCAAAUCUAUCCAUCCCUCCUCCGAAAGUCGUCACAAAGUCAGCCCGAGAGGCCGAAGCGCAAACGCGAGAUGCUCUCCGGCGGGAAUUCCUGGCACUGCAAGAAAAGGUGAAAGCGACUGAGAUAUUGAUACCGUUCGUCUUUUACGAUGGAACGAACAUCCCUGUAGGGACUGUGAAGGUCAAGAAGGGUGAUCCGAUAUGGGUUUUCCUUGAGCGCUGUCGGAAGGUAGCCGCGGAACUGGGGAUUGGAGGUGCUGGUGGGGGUGGGAGGUCUGGCAGAGGUCGAAAAGACUACCGUAGAGAGUGGGCGAGGGUGGGUGUGGACGAUUUAAUGUGUGUUCGAGGGAACGUAAUUAUUCCACAUCACUAUGAGCUCUACUACUUUAUCGCGAAUCGAGUCCCAAGUUUUACCAAAGCUGGUGGGUUACUAUUCGAUUACACCAAUACUGCCCCGCCCGAACCUAGCGAUGAUCCGGAAUCACAGCCACCCCAGCUUGAAGGGGGGAACAUGGAUCCCACCUUUACCAAGGUUGUUGACCGGAGGUGGUUUGAGCGAAACAAGCACAUAUUUCCAGCGAGUCUCUGGCGAGAAUAUGAGCCUGGAGAAGAGUAUACAAAUGCAGUGUCUUUCCAGUGGCUUGUGGCUGCUUGCAUUUGGCUUGUCAACUUGAAAUGCCAUAUCUUCUGCCUUCAAUGUGCUGACAUCCUGGGACUAUCACGCCCAACGACAUCUGAACGGCAGUGCCCUGCCUGUAGCGCCAGUCUGGUCAACCCUGACGAUGCAGUUGCCACCGUUCUCACCCCCAGUGAGGACUACAAAACUAGCGUGUUGAGUGGACUUGACCCUCAUACGAUAAUGGAGUGUGCUGGGCGUGCGUUGGCAUUUUGGACAUAUCAGUCCGCCCAGGAAAUCUUCUAUCAGGAAUAUCUCGGCAAGAGUUUGACGGAGAAAUACAGUGCCCUUAACCAACAGAUGGACAAGGUAAUUCACGAUGCAAAUUCUGAAAUAUCAAACCUCCAAAACCGCUUAUCUGAGAUGCAAAUAGGUCAAGAGCAGCUGCAGAAAAAGAACCACGAGCUAGUGGAUAUCUAUCGGGAAAAGUGCAAGAAGCACGCCCAAGUAACAAAUCUCUACAACCUUUUAAAGAGUAGAGCUAUGAGACCACAGAUUCAGACAGCGGCAUCUGAUUCAGUCACACAGGUUCUCGAGUCCCUGGGAGGAGGGUCAAAAUCAAACUCGAGCACUGAGGACUUGUUUCGCCCAUUGACCUCUCUCGCAAAAUCCCCUCGACGGAGUCCCUCCCGGUAUCCCACAACCAAUAUGGGUAUCGAACAACUUCACCGGCAUCAAAGAAGUGGGAGUAGAACAGCUACCAAAAAUGGCGUAGAUUCCGCAGCAAUGCCACCACCAAGUGGUAUACCACCAUCUUUUCGCACUACAAACAUGCCACCAUCUACUCCUCAGCAUCGGACGAGGCUUCUUGAGCCUCCACGUUCUUCCCACAGAGCAGAAUAUCAGGGGCGCCCGCACCAGGAUUACAUAACCAAUAAACAGAGUUUCCCCGUCCCACAGCGAUUUACACCUGAGGCAGUUGACAACAGAUUUUCUCUCAAUGGCUCCGACAAUUACGAUCUAAAUGCAGGAAUCAAAAUUGGCCGUCCAUCAGAAUCCUCACUCCAACUUUCUGAUCCUCGAUCUGGCAUGUUCGGGACAUGA